GGGUUCCUUUCUUACAGCUUCUUUCUUCUAACCCUGCUUAACGCAGGGUAGGGGAUUUUUCAAAACAUACACAAAACUGCAUAAAAUCUCUAUCUCUGUGUCUCUCUAGAUCUCGCAUCCGUUAAUGGAAAAAGAAGCUGUCAAUACCGCCAUCAUCACCACCACCAACGUAAUAACCAGCAACGAAAAGAACAACAACAACAACAUUGACAACAAUAAAAAUGGGAAACAAAAAAAGCGUAGCAGGUUUCAAAUGCUUAAGGUAGCUUUGUUUAUGCUACGUGGUCAGUCCAACAAGAAAUCGAAACCAGUACAUGUCGACGUUGCUUCUAAGGGAUUAUGGAAGAAACUCGUGGGUGCAAUGCGCCCAUUGCAUCACCAAGGCCUUUCGAAUCAAAACUCUCCACCACCAUUGAUAACUGGUAGUAAUGAUGACGCUACCAUUCUCCCUAAUGUGGAGAAUGAUAACUCACCACCACAUGAUGGAGUUUUUUCACCACCAAUGUUAUCACCUCAGGUAUAUCACUCAGACACACCAUCCUCAUCUAGCUCCGUUGCUGAUAGCAUGAGCCGUUACGCUUCGGCUCAAGAUCUUCAAGAGCUUGAUAAGAAUGGAGAGUCCAAUAAUGAUGACGAUGAGUAUGUUUUCGGUGGGGAUGAGUACAUUGAUGCGAAAGCUGAGGAAUUUAUUGCGCAGUUUUACGAGCAAAUGAGGCUCCAACAAGUAGAUUUGAUGAAUCGUCAUAGAGAGAGGAAGAUGAAAAAGAAGAUGGAAAUGGAAGGAAACGAUCAAUAAAUUAUAUGCAACUACAUAUAAUGAAGAUUUGGUAUAAUUCGUAUAAAAUAAAUUCUUCUUCUUCCUCGUAGAAAAUUCAUACAUGACUUAAUCUAUAAGGGUCCAAUUGGGAGGAAAAUAAGUGAUGGAUGGUUACUAAUAUGUAUCCGUGAAAUAUAUAUUUAUGUACUUUUGUUUUUCAGUUCUUUUUGUAGUUUUUGUAUGUUGAGUUUAAGUUGAUGAAGGAAAUGCAGUUCAUGAGGGGGGUUUUAAAUCAAACAGACAGAGAGAAUAUAUGGUAACUGGUGAGACUGUUUUGUGGUGAAUUGAAAAUAACAUAAAAGAAGGUAAUUAAGCAUCA